UCCAUCUUCCCCUCUCUUCACCCCCCCGACCCGACAUACUAUCUUUCUCUCUCUGUGUUCUCUCUCUUCUUCUGGUCUCUCUCGAGAGAUCAGAAGAAGAACUCAUCGUCAUUACAAUCAUUAUUCUGAGAAAUUGAGAGAGAUCUGGAGAGAUAAAUAUUCAUACUCAAAAAAUAAAAUAAAAAAUAUAUAUAAUUUUUUUGAUAUAAUGGGGGCGUCGAAGUGUUCUUCUUCUGGCAUUUUUGCAGUUAUUAUCUUCUUUCUCAUUUACAAUGUCUAUGUGUUGCCUCUUGCUCAUGCUCAAUCCCCAGCCCCUGCUCCUGCCCCCACCAGCGAUGGCACGUCCAUAGACCAGGCAAUAGCAUACGUGCUGAUGCUGGUGGCUCUUGUGCUCACAUAUCUCAUCCAUUGAAUUCAACCUCGAUAUAUCAAUUAAUAAAUGUUAAUUUCAUUGUCACUUUCCAUAUAGCAUACAAAAUUAAAUUAAUUGAUUGAUUUAUAUAUUGCCUCAAAAACCGGAAAAAAAGAAAAGAAAAAGAAGCUCAUAUUCCCGAAGAACGGUAUGUUUUUGCUCCGUUUUCUUGGAUGUGCUGGAGAGGGGGGCAUUAUUUCCCGAGAGAUAUAGAGAUUUUUUUUUCUUCAUUUUAUGAUUUUAUUGUACUGGUCUCAUUAUUGAUUCAUGGGCUGUAAUUCGAUACUUCUGAAGUGAUAUUAAAGAUUCUCUUUCUUUUUUCUUAA